ACAGCUGUGUUUUGUCUUUGUACGAAAAUUGUAAUGUUUCUUUUACAUCUCCAGCUUAAUAAGAAUAAAAUUUAACAAUGACACGGCCGUUUGGUACCAAUGACAAACGUUUUUCAAUCGACGACGCAUUCGAAGAGGAGACAGACGAAGCCAUCAAAGUUUACGGCGCAACUGGUGAUAGAUCCCCAUUACAGAAUAAAUUAAAGAAUGGAACGGAUUAUUUGGCCAGCAAAACUUAUAAGUGUACUGAAGACACAACAUCUAGAGAUUCUGAUUCCCUCAUACAUGAGUAUGUGGAAGCUGCUCAAUCCACGUACUGCUGGAAUCAUCCCAAAGUCAGGGAGAACUGGAAAACAGUGUGUGCAGCUGUCAUACUCCUUCUUGUAGGAGUAGGACUCCUUGGCAUGGGUGCUUACGCAGUAGCUGAACCUGAGAAUGGGCUACAAGGUGCAGUUUUCUUUGUGGCAGGUAUGAUAUGUUUUGUCCCAGGAGCAUAUCAUGUAGUCUACAUCUGGCUGGCAGCUAGAGGUCAGAGAGGGUAUGACUUCUACCACCUACCUUUGUUCACCUGAUUUGUUUACUUAAUUAGUCAAUUUAAGGUUUUCUUGUAAGCAAUGGAGAUGUAGAAUUAAAGUGAAAAUUAUUGAGGAGUAUGAAUAUCAGUCUGAUUGGGUGCUGACAGGUAUGCUCUCUAAAUAUUAAAAUGUAAAAUAGAAAAUUAAAAAAGUGUAUAGGCAAAACACAGCAUUAAAUUAUUAAAAAAUAAAAUGAAUUUCAAAAAUAAUGAAAUGUAAAGUUGACAAUACAGUAAA